AUGUCGUUCCAGCAUCUCGAUAGCGCCCCCAAGGCAGACGACUUCACCCCACUAUCAGAGCAUCAAUCGCAGACCCCGACUUCUUUCUUCGGCGCGAAACCCGUUCUUCAUGCGCAUUAUGAAGGAAUGACUCUAGUAACGGCUGCUGACCAGCUAAAGCAAGAUGAGGCGUUUAGCAAGUUCAGCUCAAGACGUGAGGGUGAAGAGGACUUGGUAGAUGGCAUUGAUGUUUGGGUGUCUUCGGAAAGCGUUAUUCUGUUCCAGAGCACGCCUUCAUCUGUCGGUGUAUCCAUACCAUAUCCUUCUCUCGCGCUCCAUGCAACGAUGAAGUACAAAACCACUAUCGAAGCGCUGUACGUGAACAUAUCGCUCAACGACGCCGAAUCCGUAAACGAGGACGACGAUAUCCACAUGCUCGAGAUCACUCUGCUGCCUCCGUCGUACACUUCAAAACCUACUGAAACAUGCAUUACAGAGCUGUUCACCGCGCUGAAUACCUGCGCAGACCUACAUCCCGACCCGGAUGCCAGUGAUGACGACGCCGAAGAUGUGCUCGACGACACAGCGCCCGGUGCAUCAGGUUGGAUAACCGCGGAGAAUAUGGACGAAUAUAUGGAUGAAAAUGGUAACUUCAGCGGUAUGGUGAUUGGAGAAGAGCUGGGUCCUGGUGCUGGAACAGUGAGAGGGAGAGAAGACAUCGAGGAAGGCACGGAUGGCGUAAAUGGUACAGAUGGGCACGAAGGGAAGUACUAUCGUACCGGCUGA